AUGCCCAAACACUAUUCUCUCGGUCAGCAACUCCUCUCUACACUCACUACAUUACAUUUUUUUGAAUUCUACACUACUGGAACAGGAGCUACUGGAAGAGAGCCUCCCAAGCGUCAGCCCCAGACCGUGAACCGGGACUCCCUGUUCAUCUCUUCUCUCCCUCUUUUAUUCUUGGAGGUAAGUGGUAUCUUUGCUGGAAAUGCAGAUGCAGUGGUGCGUGUGGUGCAUGCCUUCCAUUCUGCUGGGUUUCACCUCCUCUUUUCUCUCCGUGAAUCAGCAGUCCAGGAAUUGGUGAGGGUGUUAGGGGAGCGAGGUCGACGGGAUGACGGCCACCUUGAUGGUAGCCAAGGAUCAAUUAACGAGAGAAGGAAUGACGAAGAAGAAAGGAUUGGAAGCGGCACAGAGGGUGGACACCAAGAGGAGCAGCCAUAUUGGAGGAGGAGGGUCGAGUUACCCGUGUUCGAAGGAAACGAGCCUAUGAACUGGAUUUAUAGGGCGGAUAAAUUUUUCGAACUGCAAGGGGUACCGGAGGACGAGAAAUUGCGCCUGGCAUACAUCAGCAUGGAAGGGAUAGCAGGACACUGGUUCCGGUUUUGGAGGGAGAAAGCCAGGAACAGAUCAUGGGCCGGGUUAAAAGAGGCAUUGGUGAUCCGGUUUGGAGGCAGAAAUCGAGGCACGGUCUUCGAAAGACUGGCAUCUUGUAAACAAACGGGAUCUGUGGGAGAUUAUAUUCAAGAAUUCGAGGUGUUGGUGGGCCAAGCAGAGAAAAUACCCGAGGCACAAUUAAUGGGGUAUUUCAUGGCAGGUUUACAGGAGGGGAUACGUAACCAACUCAGGUUGCUUGACCCAAAAGAGUUUAUGGACGUCAUGAGACUAGCAAGAGACGUGGAGGCGUUCCAGGCUGGGGCAAGGGCGAGCGGAGGCAUCGUCAGCAAGGGACAAACGUGGGGAAAGCCGAGCGGUGCAGUGACAAGGGUGGAUACUGGCCGCCACAAUCAGAACCGAACGGGUACUGUGGAAAAGGAAGGAGGUCCAAGACGAGAAGGUGAGCGUACGUUCUCUAGCGCUCAGGGCAGGAACGUACGGGAUUUACCGUACGCGGAGUACGUCAAGCGCAGGGAGGAAGGGAGGUGUUUCCGGUGCGGAGGACCGUUCGGUCCGGGCCACCGCUGUCCAGAAAGAGGGAUUCGGAUGCUGAUUUUGGCCGAAGAAGAGGAGCCAGGAGGGGAAGAAGAGGUGGAGGUGGAAUGCGAACAACUGGAGCUGUCUGCUCUCUCAGCAGGAGGGCUCACCCAGCCCAGAACGAUGAAGUUGCACGGACAGAUAGGGACACAGCAGGUUUUGAUCCUAAUUGACAGUGGCGCCAGCCACAACUUCAUCAGCAGGGAAUUGGUAGAAGAUCUAUCUUUACCCGUCGUGGAUACACCACCCUACCGGGUGAGUUUGGGGGAUGGACGGAGGAAGGAGACGAGGGGAUGUUGUGAAUCAGUAACGGUUCAGGUAGGGGAGAUUGUGAUCAACGAACGUUUUCACUUGUUCGAAUUGGGCGGAGUGGAUGUGAUACUGGGGGUCGAAUGGUUGGCCAAGCUGGGCGAGGUAAUCAUAAAUUGGGGGCAGCUGACCAUGGCGUACGUACAAGCAGGGAACAGGGUGACCAUCAAGGGAGAUCCAACUCUAACUAGGAGGUUGGUGGAACCUGCAGCUUUGCUUAAAAUGAAGGAAGUCGAGGUCUGGUUAUUAAUGUGGGAGCUGGCGGAGACAGAGAAGGAAAAGGAACCAAGACCGUACGUUCCGGAAAACGAGACGUUCGGUCCAGGACUGACUCGGACGCAGACGUUCGACAUGAAGCGAAUCCUGGAACGUCACGUUGAAGUGUUUCACGAGCCGGACGGACUACCACCUGAUAGGGGAAUGGCUCAUCGAAUCCCCUUAAAGGAAGGGACAGACCCUGUGAAUGUAAGGCCGUACAGAUAUCCCCAUGUAAUGAAGGAGGAGAUUGAGAAACAGGUGGCGGAAAUGCUGAAGGCAGGCGUUAUAAGGUCAAGCACCAGUCCAUAUUCAAGCCCUGUAAUUUUGGUAAAGAAGAAGGAUGGCAGUUGGCGGUUUUGUGUGGACUACAGGGCCCUAAACCGAGCUACCGUACCUGACAAAUUCCCUAUUCCCUUGAUAGAGGAGUUGCUGGACGAACUGAGGGGAGCCAAAUACUUCUCAAAGGUGGAUUUAAAGUCAGGCUAUCAUCAGAUACGAAUGGGAGCAGGUGACAUAGAGAAAACGGCUUUCCGGACGCACCAGGGCCACUACGAAUUCAUGGUAAUGCCGUUCGGCCUAACCAACGCGCCAGCCACUUUUCAGAGUGCCAUGAACCAACUGUUACAACCUUACCUGCGGAAAUUCGUACUGGUAUUCUUUGAUGAUAUACUGGUGUAUAGCCGCACCUGGGAGGAGCACUUGGAGCAUGUAGCGACGGUGCUAAGGGAGCUGGUGGCACAUAGAUGGGUGGCCAACAGGAAGAAAUGCGAGUUCGGCAGAACUCAAAUAGGGUAUCUGGGCCAUCGGAUAUCAGAGAAGGGGGUAGAGAUGGACGAGGACAAGGUGCGGGCAGUGCUGGAGUGGGAGAAACCGAAGACGGUAAAGGCUUUGAGGGGUUUUCUAGGGCUAACAGGCUACUACAGGAGGUUCGUAAAGGAUUAUGGGAAGAUUGCCCGGCCUUUGACCGACCUUCUCAAGAAAGGACAGUUUGCUUGGACGGAACAAGCAGAGGAAGCCAUGCUUAAGUUGAAGAAGGCAAUAACGACAGCACCUGUAUUGAUUCUGCCGGAUUUUAACCAGCCGUUCCACAUUGAGUGUGACGCGUCCGGGAAGGGGAUUGGAGCAGUACUCAUGCAAGGGAAGCAACCCAUAGCUUUCUUUAGCAAAGCGCUGUCGGAGGGAUCGUUAGGGAAGUCAAUCUAUGAGAAGGAACUAAUGGCGCUGGUUUUGGCCAUACAACAUUGGAGGCCGUACCUAUUGGGGCAACGGUUUGUGGUCCACACGGAUUAGAGGAGUUUGAA